CAAUUUAAAUGCACCACGUGUUCUUUUUAGGUUCGAUCGUCUGACACCGCCUAAUCUACGCUGUUUAUUUUUCUUCUUUUGAUUCCCCUUGGCUUCAAUCUACAGUUGGCUUUCUCUUAACUGCUACCAAAACACACCUAGCAUCUCAAGUAGACAUUUUCUCCACAGGGAGAGACUGUUAGUGGGGGGAGAGGGAGAGAAGACUGCAUCUCUACUUACUUGGUUGGUUGCCUGUAAGAUCAUCUCCAUGGGGUUAUGUAAAGGGGGCUUUUUUAACUAUUUUAGAUAAUCAAUCCAUAAAUUUUAGCUCCAACGGACUAUUUAUCUCAAUCGGUAUUUCCCAUAAUCCAAAUAUCACUCGCUAGAUCUGGCGACCAUCCAACGCUAGCUAUUUCCUCAUUUCACGCCAAAAUCGUCACUCACAGAAGCUCCACAGCUCCAUCGUCUUCAUCAUCGCAGAGUUGGGUUCAUCGUCUCCACAGCUCUAUCGUCUUCGUCACUCCAAAAUCAUCUUCACACCACAGAGAGGGGAUGAUGGCGUGUUCUUUGCUACCCUUACCUCUACGCCCUUCUCCACCUCCCAAUUCCUACCAUUUCUUUUCUCAUCAACACCACUUAAUUGCCUCGUGUUUUUCCCGCUCCCGCCCCUAUUACCACUACUCUCAGUCUCAACAACAAGGCCGCCGCCUCCUCCUCAAUAAUAACAAAUCUAAUGGCCUGCUCUUCUUUGUCCCCUCAAUUCACCCAUCACUCACUCAUUAUCCACUCAAACCCUAUCCUGCUCCUGCUCCUGCUCUUGACUCCGAUGCCCCACGCCCCACUCACCAGGUAUUAUUAUGCACAUCACCCUCACCAAAGAUUUGUUUUGUUUUGUAUUUUUUUUUUGCUGUUGAUAAUGAUUUGAUAAAAAAUGCCUAAAAAAAAGACAUCAGAUAAGUUGAAGAAA